GGUCGGUGCGACUGCUAAAGAAUGACCCUGUGAGCUUCCAGAAGUUUCCCUACACUAAUGAGGAUGAGGCCUGGAAGACAUACUUGGAGAACCCUUUGACAGCUGCCACCAAAGCCAUGAUGAGGGUCAACGGUGACGAUGAGAGUGUUGCGGCCCUGAGCUUUCUCUAUGACUACUAUAUGGGUCCCAAAGAGAAGCGGAUACUGUCCUCCAGCACUGGUGGCCGGAAUGACCAAGGAAAGAAGUAUUACCACAGCAUGGACUAUGAGCCGGAUCUUGCCCCCCUUGAGAGCCCCACACACCUCAUGAAAUUUUUGACAGAGAACGUGUCUGGAAGCCCAGACUACACAGACCAGCUCAAGAAGAACAGCCUGCUAGGCUUGGAGGGGGCUCUACCCACCCCCGGCAAGACCACAACCCUCCUGCCGGGUCCCAGCAAGCUGGAAGCCGGCUCCAUGGACAGCUACCUCUUGCCCACCAGUGACAUGUAUGACAACGGCUCCCUCAACUCAUUAUUCGAGAGCAUUCAUGGGGUUCCACCCACACAGCGCUGGCAGCCAGACAGCACAUUCAAAGAUGACCCACAGGAGUCGCUGCUCUUCCCUGACAUCCUGAAGACCUCCCCGGAGCCCCCGUGUGCGGAGGACUAUCCUGGCCUCAAGAGCGACUUCGAAUAUACCCUGGGCUCCCCAAAAGCCAUUCACAUCAAAGCGGGCGAGUCUCCCAUGGCCUACCUCAACAAGGGACAGUUCUACCCGGUCACUCUGCGCACCCCAGCGGGAGGGAAGGGCCUGGCUCUGUCCUCCAGCAAAGUCAAGAGCGUGGUGAUGGUUGUGUUCGAUAAUGACAAGGUCCCCGUGGAGCAGCUGCGCUUCUGGAGGCACUGGCAUUCCCGGCAGCCCACUGCCAAGCAGCGAGUCAUCGACGUGGCCGACUGUAAAGAAAACUUCAACACAGUCCAGCACAUCGAGGAGGUAGCCUACAACGCCCUGUCCUUUGUGUGGAAUGUCAACGAAGAGGCCAAGGUAUUCAUCGGUGUCAACUGCCUGAGCACAGACUUCUCCUCACAGAAGGGGGUGAAGGGUGUCCCCCUGAACUUGCAAAUUGAUACCUAUGACUGUGGAGCAGGCACUGAGCGCCUGGUACACCGUGCCGUCUGCCAGAUCAAGAUCUUCUGUGACAAGGGAGCAGAGAGGAAGAUGCGUGAUGACGAGCGGAAGCAGUUUCGAAGGAAGGUCAAGUGCCCAGACUCCAGCAACAAUGCAGGCAUCAAGGGCUGCCUGCUGUCAGGUUUCAGGGGCAAUGAGACCACAUACCUGCGGCCUGAAGCUGACCUGGAGACCCAGCCUGUGCUGUUCAUCCCCAACCUGCACUUCUCCAGCCUACAACGCCCUGGAGGGGUCGCGCCCUCGGCGGGACACAGCAGCUCUGACAGGCUGCCCCUGAAGCGUACCUGCUCACCCUUCGCUGAGGAGUUUGAGCCUCUUCCCUCCAAACAGGCCAAGGAAGACGACCUUCAGAGAGUUCUGUUGUACGUGAGGAGAGAGACAGAGGAGGUGUUUGAUGCUCUCAUGUUGAAGACCCCAGACCUGAAGGGGCUGAGGAACGCGAUCUCCGAGAAGUAUGGACUCCCCGAGGAGAACAUUUGCAAAGUCUACAAGAAAUGCAAGCGAGGAAUUCUAGUCAACAUGGACAACAACAUCAUCCAGCACUACAGCAAUCAUGUAGCCUUCCUCCUGGACAUGGGAGAGCUGGACGGCAAGAUCCAGAUCAUCCUGAAGGAGCUGUGAAGGCCCCGCCUCAAGCAUCCUGUCCUCAGGGCCAG